GCCAGCCGCCAACAACAACAACAACAACAACAACGUCGCCUCCUUCCUCCGCCUCCGCAUCAUCCCCCCGCUGCCAAAGACAUCUCUCCUCCCCGCCCGCCAAACAGCUAGAAUGGCCUCCCUCUUCUCUGCCGCGCCACCGGCUGGCGGCCCGGGCUACUCCUUCAGACAGACGCCCAUGACCGCAGCAGAGGCAUCCGGCAUAAGGCAACACGCCUUCAACCCCUACACGGACAACGGCGGCUCGACGCUGGGCAUCUCGGGCGCCGACUUCACCAUCCUCGCCGGCGACACGCGCAGCACGUCAGGCUACAACAUCAACACGCGGUACGCGCCGAAGCUGUUCAAGAUCGGGGGCGAGGGCCCGAACAACGAAGGCGCGACGAUCGUGCUCUCAGUAGUGGGUUUCUCGGCCGACGGGGCCGCGCUCAAAGAGCGCCUCGACACCAUCGUCAAGAUGUACAAGUACCAGCACGGCAAGCCCAUGAGCGUGGCGGCGUGCGCCCAGCGCCUCUCGCACAUCCUCUACAACAAGCGCUUCUUCCCCUACUACGUGCACGCGAUCCUGGGCGGGCUGGACGAGCACGGCCACGGCGCCCUGUACUCGUACGACCCGGUCGGCAGCUACGAGCGCGAGCAGUGCCGCGCCGCUGGCGCUGCCUCCUCCCUCAUCAUGCCUUUCCUCGAUAACCAGGUCAACUUCAAGAACCAGUACGUCCCCGGCUCUGGCGUCGGCCACGCCCUCGAGGAGCGCCCCCGCGAGCCGCUGCCCCGCAAGGACGUCGAGGAGCUGGUUCAGGACGCUUUCACUAGCGCCGUCGAGCGGCAUAUCGAGGUUGGUGAUGGGUUGCAGAUGCUCAUUAUCACAAAGGACGGCAUCCAGGAGACGUUCCGCGAGCUGAAGAAGGAUUAAGCGUGCGGGCUUCUUGCGGCUAUGGUGCUUGGUGUGCUGCGUUGCCGGGUUAGAUCUGCAUUUCCGGCUUGACGUUGGUUCCUUGAUGAUAAUCGAAGAGUCUGACGCAUUUGCUUUCGU